CGCGAGAGACACAAUGUCAGUUAGGGUUAGGAAUAGUAGUAAUAGGAAUGACUACAAGUUACUCCGAUUACGAGAUGCUCAUUCUUGUAUCAAUCAGAGAGUUAGCAUUAUAGCCAUUGUUCUUGACUUUGGUCUCCCCAAAACAACUAGAGGCACUGAUCAGUGUUGUACUCUAAGAUUGAUUGAUGAAACACAUUACCAAACUGGUAUGUCUGUUAAUAUUUUUACUCAAAAUGCUGAAAGCCUUCCCCGUGUUGCUGCUGCUGGAGAUAUAAUUCAGCUUUCUAAUGUUAUGGUAUAACUCUUUAUGUUGAACUAAAUAUUUAUAGACAUUAGUAAUUGAUUUCGUUGAUAUGUUGUCUAAAAAUAGCUUGUUGAUUUAGGGGUUAUUUUCAUGA